AUGUAUAAGACUAAAGCGUGUCGUUUAAGUCAAUUGGAGUCAAAGCUGAGGCCAAUUCUGGGACAGUUUGGUAUGAGAGACAACAAAUGGCCGGAGACUGAGACAGAGAUGCAGUCCUGGUGCAAAUCACUACCAAAGGAGGGCUCAGCCGCCAAGAGUUAUGCCAAGAAAUGUCUGAACGGUAUGUCCGGCACAAUGGUGUCGGUCAGCAUAUUUGCCGCCGACAAAGUUGGACGUGGUUUUUGUAAUAACAAACAGGAACGAGCA